AGAAAGAAAAAGAAAGACAGUAAGAAGAAGAUGGCUGGACCUCACAGCUGCUUCUGCAUUUGGUCUGUUGUGAUAUCACACAUCACACAGCAUCUGGAAAUCUCCACCAGACAACAGAAUGAAGUGAAAAAGGCAGAAAAUGUCUCGGUAUGAAAAUUUGACCCAGCACACCAAAGAGGUUCUCAGGGACCAGUUCUGAGGUCACAUUGAGACCUUCUAAAAUAAACUUAUUUUAUCUUCACUAUGAUGCUAUGAGGAGACUCGGGGUUCGGAUCCCGCCUGAGCGAGCCCCCCCGGAGAUGGCGGCCCCCUAUCCCGGCAGUGGCGGCGGAAGCGAGGUCAAAUGCGUGGGAGGCCGCGGCGCCAGCGUCCCCUGGGACUUUCUACCCGGGCUGAUGGUCAAGGCGCCGUCCGGACCGUGCCUGCAGGCGCAGCGCAAGGAGAAGUCCCGGAACGCGGCGCGCUCGCGGCGCGGGAAGGAGAACCUGGAGUUCUUCGAGCUGGCCAAGCUUCUCCCGCUGCCCGGCGCCAUCUCCAGCCAGCUGGACAAGGCUUCCAUCGUGCGCCUCAGCGUCACCUACCUCCGCCUGCGCAGGUUCGCCGCGCUGGGGGCGCCGCCCUGGGGGCUGAGAGCCGCGGGGCCGCCAGCUGGCCUCGCCCCAGGCCGCCGCGGCCCCGCAGCGCUGGUCUCCGAAGUCUUCGAGCAGCACCUGGGAGGUCACAUCUUGCAGUCCCUGGAUGGCUUUGUGUUCGCCUUGAACCAGGAAGGAAAAUUCCUCUACAUCUCAGAGACAGUCUCCAUCUAUCUGGGUCUCUCACAGGUGGAGAUGACGGGCAGCAGCGUCUUCGACUACAUUCACCCUGGGGACCACUCAGAGGUGCUGGAACAACUGGGGCUGCGGACCCCGACCCCCGGCCCACCAACCCCGCCCUCCGUCUCCUCUUCCUCCUCCUCUUCCUCUUCGCUUGCAGAUACCCCCGAGAUCGAGGCCAGCCUCACCAAGGUGUCCCCCUCCUCCCUGGUCCAGGAGCGCUCCUUCUUUGUCCGCAUGAAAUCCACGCUCACCAAGAGGGGGCUGCACGUCAAGGCCUCGGGGUACAAGCAGGUCAUCCACGUCACUGGGCGCCUUCGGGCCCAUGCCCUGGGCCUUGUGGCCCUCGGGCACACGUUGCCCCCGGCCCCCCUGGCUGAGCUGCCACUCCACGGACACAUGAUCGUCUUCCGUCUCAGCCUGGGUCUCACCAUCCUUGCUUGUGAGAGCAGAGUCAGCGACCACAUGGACCUGGGGCCCUCAGAGCUGGUGGGCCGCAGCUGCUACCAGUUCGUCCAUGGACAGGAUGCCACCAGGAUCCGCCAAAGCCAUGUGGACUUGCUGGACAAGGGUCAGGUGAUGACUGGUUACUACCGUUGGCUGCAGCGCGCUGGGGGCUUCGUGUGGCUGCAGUCUGUGGCCACGGUGGCUGGGAGCGGGAAGAGCCCCGGGGAGCACCAUGUGCUUUGGGUCAGCCACGUGCUCAGCCAAGCCGAGGGUGGCCAAACUCCUUUGGAUGCCUUCCAGCUUCCAGCCAGCAUGGCCUGUGAGGAGGCAUCCAGCCCAGGGCCAGAGCCCACAGAGCCGGAGCCUCCGACGGAAGGGAAGCAGGCUGCCCCGGCGAAGAACGAGGCCCCCCUGACCCAGGGCAAACGCAUCAAAGUGGAGCCCGGCCCGAGGGAAACCAAAGGCUCAGAGGACAGUGGCGACGAGGAUCCCUCCGGCCACCCGGCCACACCGCGGCCCGAGUUCACCUCUGUCAUCCGGGCAGGGGUCCUGAAGCAGGACCCGGUGCGGCCAUGGGGCCUGGCGCCUCCCGGGGACCCCCCGCCCGCCCUCCUGCACGCGGGCUUCCUGCCGCCGGUGGUGCGGGGCCUGUGCACGCCCGGCGCCAUCCGCUACGGCCCCGCGGAGCUGGGCCUGGUGUACCCGCACCUGCAGAGGUUGGGUCCGGGCCCCGCGCUCCCAGAGGCCUUUUACCCGCCCCUGGGCCUGCCCUACCCGGGGCCUGCGGGCACUAGGCUGCCGCGGAAGGGGGACUGAGGACUGGCAGAGCCGCCGGCGCUGGACCCUGCGACAACCGGGGUCUCCCAGGACAGUAGGCCCGGCUCUGCCCGUAGCCCUGAGAAUUAAACGCCGGCUCUCCCUGCAGUGGUUUGGACUCCGG